AUAAUUUACUGUCUUUGUAAAGUCAGACAAACAGAUUCACUAUGUUGCUCUCUCUGCAACUGCUGCUGGUGAUGGUCUGCUGGACACAGGCUUCUGAUUUCUUCAGCACUCAGGGGGGUUAUUUUUACGGCACAUUCACCUCCUUCCCCAAAAACACUUUUGUAAAUGGAUCUGCCUUGAUGACCCAUCGUGCCAUGGUGAACACCCGUGUCUGUUACAACGGUUCCACAUUGUUUUGCUUCAAUAGCAAUUGUGACUAUUCAAACUUUUCAGUGGGCACCGUUGAUGAGGAAAGCACCGGAGAGUGGUGUCAGAUGGAGACUAUCCUCAUUAUUCCGGGGAUUACCUAUAAAAAUGAUGACAUCUUAGUGAUUGCAUACACUGUCGGUAACUGGGUAGAAGGCAUCAAAAAUACCAUUUCAUCUUGGGGAACUGUGGUAUUACUAGACCAGAGGAACCGCUCUGACAUUGGCAAAGAAAACUCCUCACCCCAGUCAACCAUCAUCCCGGUUGUAAGAGUUCCUUCAAACUGUCAGAGAAAACUCGACUUAUUGAUGUUUGAUCCUGAUGGAGAUGAGGUUAAAUGCAGAUAUGGAAAGCCAUUACAAUUACCGCCAGAGUGUAACCCCUGCAAUCCACCAUCUGUCCUUAACCUGUCAACAUCUUGUAGUCUAUCGUUUAGCCCCACCGACAGCAGUAAUGAAGGUGCAUAUGCAGUACAGGUGCUGAUGGAGGACUUUCCCAGGGAGAACAUCACCAUGACUGGAAUCAACGGCACAGAAACUAAAAUUACUCCCAAUGACAUUCUAAGCAGAGUACCCGUCCAGUUUGUUCUAUUAGUGGAUCCUGCUGUGCCAUCCUGCACAGAAGGAGACUUCUUGCCUAAAUUCUUGCCUCCAACCCCAGCCAACAGAGCUCAGCUCUACACCCCUGUUAAUAAGGCUCUGGAAAUCAGCAUCAGUGCUGAGGCACAAAGCUCCACCAUCUCUGAGCUGCUGUUCAGCGGACCGUAUAAUACAAUUCAGAGUAAAACUGGACCAGCACAGUUCACCCUGAGAUGGACACCGUCUGAAAGACAGGAUGGAGAAAGUCAGCCCUUCUGCUUUGUUGUCCAGGCACUUUCCAAGGAAACAAAGUAUCACUCAGAUCUUCGAUGUGUCAGUGUGACUGUUCGAAAUGGCGCCCCAGCCAGUGCUUCAGCUUUUGUCCUGGUCGUGGGAUCUUUCAUUUCAGCUCUUAUUCUUCCCUUCCCUUCCAUAUGAAUAUGGAUAUAAUAAGAGAUUGAAGAUGUAUCUGACUCUGGAUCGAUGCAGCUGCAGUGCCCUCUACUGUUACAACAUCUGACUCUGCAGGGAAAUCUUCACUUUCCAGAUUCCAGAUAUUAUUUUCACUAUUUUUUUAGC